CAGCGGGCGAGCAAACGAACGCCCUGCUCUCCAAACUAGGCAGCUCGCUGUUCGGGGCCACCGGGUCGCCCCAGAAGGUGGUCACCAACAUCCGUGGGUUCCUCUCGAAUCGGCUGACCAGCGUUUCCAUCCCCGACACAGGUUGCCGCCACCCCUUGGACAACGACUGUAUACCCCCUGCGACGUAAGCCACCGCCGCAAAGCGCAAAGACACACGUCUGUUCUGUGUACAUUAAGCGGAAGUCGGAGAAGAGCCCCCCACCCCCCAUUAUUGCAAGAGAUGUAGAGAGAAGAUGCGUAGCCCAUCGCGUCGGUUGUGAUCUAGAUACGGGCCACUGACUAGAACACACGCUGGUACACAGACUCGGACACACACACAGCGCAUCACACACGACAUGCUCCAGCAGAUGUGUGAUCAACAGAAGCAGCAGCAUCAGCAGCAGCCCGACCAAACCAGAGGUGUACGUUUGAGGCUGACAUCGAUCACGAUCAGCAGCAGCAGCAGCAGUGCCUAAACACUCGAACACAUACCCUUCUCUACAUAGUAGAGGAUAACAGGUGGAUCUACCGGGUAAGGAUCAUCAUCAUACGUGCAGAAGUUCAGAGUAGAGAUAUACGGAGUCCAAGAUCUCCAAUACAGUAGUAGCCAACACCGGACAGGAAAGACGUAGCGCAACACAAGAUGGCACCGCUACCGAUUAUUAAUCUCGAGCCGAGCGAGGUGAAGGAGAUCUUCUGGACGAAGGUGAAGGAACCGCAGUCGCAGCGCAAGCUGAUUCUCGUCAUCGUCUCGAUCGCGCUGCUGCUGGACAACAUGCUGUACAUGGUGAUCGUGCCGAUCAUACCGGACUACCUGCGCUACAUCGGCACCUGGGGCCCGGAGGAACCGUACAACAUGAGUGCGCCGACCACCGUCUUCACACCGCACACCCAUUCGCACCACGGGCAGGAUUCGGCCACCGGCAUACUGUUCGCCUCGAAAGCGAUCGUGCAGCUGAUGGUGAACCCGUUCUCCGGUGCGCUGAUCGACCGGAUCGGCUACGAUCUGCCGAUGAUGGUGGGGCUGAUCAUCAUGUUCCUGUCCACGAUGGUGUUUGCGUGCGGGCGCAGCUACAGCAUGCUGUUCUUUGCCCGCUCGUUGCAGGGCGUCGGGUCCGCCUUUGCCGACACGUCCGGGCUGGCCAUGAUUGCCGAUCGGUUCACGGAGGAAGCGGAGCGUACGAAGGCACUCGGCAUUGCGCUGGCGUUCAUCAGCUUCGGCUGUCUGGUGGCGCCCCCGUUCGGUGGCGCCCUGUACCAGUUCGCCGGCAAGGAGGUGCCGUUCGUCAUCCUGGCGCUGAUAUCGCUGAUCGACGGGUUUAUGCUGCUGCUCGUGAUGAAACCGAUCAAGGAGCAGCUGGCCGACCGGCAGGAGGUGAGAGCCCCGUCCGUACCGAUCUGGCGCCUGCUAAUGGACCCGUACAUUGCCGUCUGUGCCGGCGCGCUCAUGAUGUCGAACGUGGCGCUUGCCUUCCUGGAGCCGACGAUAUCGCUCUGGAUGGAGGACAACCUGACGACGGACAACUGGAAGAUUGGUAUGGUGUGGCUGCCCGCCUUCUUCCCGCACGUGUUCGGCGUGAUCAUCACGGUCAAGAUGGCGGCCCAGUACCCGGACAAGCAGUGGCUGAUGGCGGCCGGCGGGCUCGCCCUCGAGGGGCUCUGCUGCUUCAUCAUCCCGUUCAGCUCGUCCUACAUCAUGCUGAUGAUACCGAUCUGUGGCAUCUGCUUCGGCAUUGCGCUGAUCGAUACGGCGCUGUUGCCAACGCUCGGCUACCUGGUGGACAUACGGUACGUGUCGGUGUACGGCAGCAUCUACGCGAUCGCCGACAUCUCGUACUCGCUGGCGUACGCCGUCGGGCCGAUCAUUGCGGGCGGCGUGGUGGAAGCGAUCGGCUUCACCGCACUCAACUUCCUGAUCGCGUUCUCGAACCUGCUGUACGCCCCGGUGAUGUACUACCUGCGCAACAUCUACGACUUUAAGCACUUCGAGAACGAGGCGAACGUGCUGAUGGGCGAUCCACCGACGAAGGAGUACCAGACGUACACGAUGCACGAUCAGCAGAUGGUGGGCGAGGAGUACAAGAACCAUCUCGAGUACGGGCGUCAAACGGACGAUGGCAACUACCAGCAGGAGACUAACAUCGAUCAAGGGUACUCGCAGAACGGUAGCUAUCAACAGCAGCAGCAGCAGCAGGGUGGAUAUCAGAACUAUCAACCGGGAUAUCAGGAACAGGGUGGCAGCGUCUAUCAGCAGCAGCAGCAACAAGCCCCGAGACAUCUUCCACAGCAGCCCCAGCCGGUUGCAAAUCCCUUCCGACAUGGGGAAUCUUCAGGACAGCAGCAGCAGCAGCAGCAGCAACAGCAGCAGCAGCAACCGGCACAACCAAGGAUCUCGAAUCCAUUCCGGCAGGGCUUCUAAAGCCGCAAUGCUAAAGCGUUAAAGCGUCUGAUCGUAGUGUGCCAGUGGCUGGCAGACGGUAGCGCCCCUGUAACGCUAUCGAUCGGUUAACUGUUGUUAUGCUUCGCUUAAUGGGGCUGUAUUUAAGGCACAUCAUGGUGAUCACCUCACCGUUUCCAGGAAAAGGACGAUCUACGGCAGAUCAAUUGCUGCAACACGCAUGACAUAUAGGACGAAACGACAGUAUAGAUCUAGAACCUAGGAGUAAGGUAAUUCUCCGGUGGAUACGCGUGCCGAUCGGUCCAUUGCCCAGGGGGAUCCCACAGGUCGGUUCGAAUUGCAUCAAUAUCGUAGACAUAUCAACCACAAGCGUAACGUUCUAUUCGGGUGCAAGGAGACGGCUUUCGUGCGGCAUCCGUCCGAGAUGGGCCGGUUUUGGCACGCGGCUCAACUGGAGAACAUUUUAGUUGUUUACACGACUUCAGUUCAGCAUUCUCACUAACAUAAGACACAACCAAGGUAACGAUACAUAUCAGAGCUUCGUGCUCGCCUGAAUUUACCAAAAAGUGAUAUUAUAUAGUGGAAGAGUUAUUAUAUCCCUUGUAUUAUUAGUAGUAGUAUUAAGCGAUGUGGCACCAUCCGUAUAUGGCACCUGGCACCUGGCGCUCUGGCGUCUCGAGAGGGCAUCGAGAGGGCAUCAAACCCCUCCCGAGCAUGCCUUCCCGCGAGAGACCCAGUGCCCAGGGGAUGUACGUGGCGGGAUCUCACUCACAGUCUCUAGAUAUAGUUUUAGUGCAUAUCAAACAGAAACAAAACAUGCCUAGACACGUAAGGAUUAGCACUCUGCUACGUUGCUGCUAUUCAAUUUUCCAAAACCCCGCCUAUCUUGCACCUAUCGCACGUACGCGGCGGGGCUGUACUCUGUACAUUAAGUUUUCCUUGUACACCGCAUUACGCAAAACGGGUACGCUCAUCAAUGAAAACACGUUGUUGCGUUGCGUUGGUUGCUGCAGGAUGCGCUGCUGCAGGUGGAGCAGACCACCGCACCACCAUGUGCUGGGGUAGGUUCCAGUUCCGGCAGCACCAUCUAGCCGCCUCCUGACCUGAAAGUCUCUAAUGGUAUCAAUUAAAAUAGUUUACAGUUCGUUCGCAGUUCGGUGGCAGUAACCGGCAGCACCAGGGGAACCAGGAGGACCGAGGUGUAGGUUUUCAAAACCGCACGCCACUACUGCCCUUCCCGGUGCUGCUCGGUAACAUGUGUAAAGUGAAGCGAAACACGAACCUAUACUUACUCACGUAUAUCUAUUACGGUAUUACAUUUACACACACACUUAACGAAAUGGGUUAGUCGGAAUGGAAGAGCGUACAAACCUUGGACAAAAGAUGUAUUAACGUUUUUCAUAUUUAUCUUUCAUACACGCUCAGCUAUUGUGUAAAGUUUAGAAAGUCCCUCUGCCAGCUGAACAGCGCACCGAAAAACGAAGUCUAUUAGAGUUUGGAUGUAUUAUACACUGAUCAUGCUUUACAACUCUCGUCCUUUUACCUUCUCCCCCUCAUGCGUCUGCGUACUAUAUCAAAUCGAGAAGGUGGAAUAGAUUAUAGGAACAAUUAUCACAAUCAUAUCAGAGCGAUCGGGCUGGCGGCUUGUGCCCUACCGUGCCAGCAUUGUUGGAGCAGGCCGAUCGUGUAAACGAAUGCAAUUGAACCGAGCAAAUUAAAGAGCAACCAGCAGCAGCAGGGCUCUUCGGAGGACCGUACAGAUAGGCAAACGAUAAACUUUAUCCCGUAAGACUGGCAAGUAUAGGUGUGCAAGCAAAUGCUACCGAUAAAUAGAACACGACUUCUGUUCACGAAUCAGCGUAUCAAUCGUAUGUAUAUUAUUUCAGUUUUGCUUACGUCAAACGUUAAGCAAAGACUUUUUCUCCCAACCAAAGUUCACAGUGUAUUUACUCUUCUUGCAAAGGGAGUAUAGUUAGGAUUGCGUUACUUUUUUUUACAUUAUCUUGCAUCUCUUUCGAAAACAUUCAAAUAACGUCAACGUGCUCUUCUCACGCUCUGCGUGCUGCAUCGUUUGCGUAAAAUCACAGCGUACCGAAUGUAUCAAGCAAGCUUAGCAGGCUGUCGCAAA